AGCCGCAGCCUCCUUGUUGCUGUGGUUUUGUUGGGUCGAGGCAGAGCUGUCAUAUUAGCUAGCGGUUAGCUAACGCACUGUUUUGUCAUGUCCAGAGCAACACAGGGCUGCUAACGGGUUCAUUUCUUCACAUAUCCGCCUUUGGGUCGAGUCAGGGAAAUCUGAGCGCGAGAGUACAAGAGUGAGAUGAAAUGACAACGUCAACAUUACAGAAAGCGAUUGAUCUUGUGACAAAAGCCACAGAGGAAGACAAGGCGAAGAAUUAUGAGGAGGCCUUGCGUCUGUACCAGCACGCUGUGGAGUAUUUCCUACAUGCCAUCAAAUAUGAGGCCCACAGCGACAAGGCCAAGGAGAGCAUACGAGCAAAGUGCAUGCAGUACCUGGACCGGGCGGAGAAGCUGAAAGACUAUCUGAAGAAUAAAGACAAACAGGGCAAGAAGCCCGUGAAGGAGGCGCAGAGCAAUGACAAGAGUGAUAGCGACAGCGAGGGUGAAAAUCCAGAGAAGAAGAAGCUGCAGGAGCAACUUAUGGGUGCCAUUGUAAUGGAGAAGCCCAAUGUGAGUUGGAAUGAUGUGGCCGGACUGGAAGGAGCUAAGGAAGCUCUGAAGGAAGCUGUCAUCCUGCCCAUCAAAUUCCCUCACCUCUUUACAGGCAAGCGGACUCCAUGGAGAGGCAUCCUGCUGUUUGGCCCUCCAGGGACGGGGAAGUCGUACCUGGCUAAGGCCGUGGCCACCGAGGCCAAUAACUCCACCUUCUUCUCUGUCUCCUCCUCGGACCUCAUGUCCAAGUGGCUCGGAGAGAGUGAGAAGCUGGUGAAGAACUUGUUCGACCUGGCUCGCCAGCACAAACCCUCGAUCAUCUUCAUUGACGAGGUGGACUCGCUGUGCGGCUCCAGGAACGAGAACGAGAGCGAGGCCGCCCGCCGCAUCAAGACGGAGUUCCUGGUCCAGAUGCAGGGUGUGGGAAACAACAACGAUGGUGUCUUGGUUCUGGGAGCCACCAACAUCCCCUGGGUGCUAGACGCUGCCAUCCGCAGGAGAUUUGAGAAGCGUAUCUACAUCCCUCUGCCGGAGGAGCCGGCUCGGGCUCAGAUGUUUCGUCUUCACCUGGGCAACACUCCACACAGCCUGAGCGAGCCCGACCUGCGGCAGCUCGCCCACAAAACAGACGGCUACUCCGGCGCCGACAUCAGCGUUAUCGUCCGGGAUGCUCUCAUGCAGCCGGUCAGGAAGGUCCAGUCUGCUACACACUUCAAAAAGGUUCACGGUCCAUCCCGAAGCAACAACCAGCUGAUGGUGGACGACCUCUUGACUCCUUGUUCCCCUGGUGACCCUGCUGCCAUAGAGCUGACCUGGAUGGAUGUGCCUAGUGAUAAGCUACUGGAGCCCAUAGUCUGCAUGUCGGACAUGCUGCGCUCUCUGUCCACCACCCGCCCCACAGUCAACACUGAAGAUCUCCUGAAGGUCCAGAAGUUCACAGAGGACUUUGGGAUGGAGGGCUGAGAGACAGAGCCCCUCCUCUCCCCGGGCCACGAGAAGGGUCAAACUGCUCCCAACAACACUCA